CAGUUGAAAGACUCAAAAAACCCCGCCUCUCCGGACUGGGUGUCAUCGUGAAGUUGAACCGUUCAUCCAGCCAGUAGUCAAAUCGACGGCCCUCAGAGGAGGUCUCCUAUUUGUCUUCCUCCCUGUGUUCGUUUUUACCGUCAGGUGGACACUCUGCAUAUCCGCUGUCAGGAUGUCUCCGUCCACAUCCCCCCGGUUCUUUACGGAGAGGGAGGUGGCCCGCCACUGCACCAAGGAGUCCUGCUGGGUGCUGCUGGGGACCAGGGUUUACGAUGUGACCGCCUUCUUACGGAUGCACCCUGGAGGGGAGGCACUGAUACUUCGCCGGUCGGGCAAAGACGUGAGCCGAGAGAUGGAGGGACCCCCGCACCGGCACUCGGAGAACGCCCGGCGGUGGAUGGAGCAGUACUACAUCGGGGAGCUGGACAGAGACAGCGGCAGCGACGAGGCACAGACUCUGAGAGAGAGGAGGAAGACCAGUGAAGAGACAGAAAAGAAGACGGCAGAAAAGACAACAGAAGAGAAACUGAAAGAGGAGGACGAGAACUCCCCGUAUAACCGCCUCAGCUCUGUGGACUUGGACAAGGAUUUGGUGGACUGGCGGAAGCCCCUGGCAUGGCAGGUAGGCCACCUCCGAGAGAAAUAUGAUGCAUGGGUUCACCAGCCGGUCGACAGGCCUAUCAGACUGUUUGGAAACUCCUUCCUGGAGGCCAGCACCAAGACUUCCUGGUACUGGGUACCAGUGGUGUGGCUUCCUAUUGUAUUUUACCUCAUUUGGUAUUGCUACACCACGCUGGCAAAGGGCACCACCAAGCUACUUGUCACCUCAGACGUCUCUAUCCCGAUCCAUAAGUACACUUUCCCGCUGCUCUUUUUGAUGGGCUGGUUCUUGUGGUCGUUCAUCGAGUACUGCAUCCAUCGCUUUGUCUUUCACAUGAAACCACCAGCCCAUAACUACUACCUCAUCACGCUACACUUUCUCCUGCACGGACAGCAUCACAAGUCUCCGUUUGAUGGCUCCCGGCUGGUCUUCCCGCCCGUGCUGGCCUCUCUGGUGGUGGGAAGUUUCUACGUGAUCCUCAACAGCGUGCUCCCAGAGAUCCUUGGGGUAUCCGUGUUUGUUGGAGGACUGUGUGGCUACGUCGUCUAUGACAUGAUCCACUACUACCUUCACUACGGUUCUCCAAAGAGAGGCUCGUACAUGUACAGCUUGAAGGCCUACCACGUCAAACACCACUUUGAGCACCAGAGAGCAGGUUUUGGAAUCACCUCCACGUUCUGGGAUCACCCCUUCAACACAGUCAUCCCUGAUGAGAAAUUCUAACGCAGUACCAGCUCUCCUGAAGGGCCACAGGACUUAUCAACCACCCUCUUAGCAAACAGCCCACAUGCUAUAACCACCCUGACACCCUCAGUCCAGUCUCUGCAGCCAUAGCUUUUACAUCCAAGGAGGAAGAUUCACUUCUGAAGACUCCUCGACCCGCAACUUAUCCACCUGCACAUACUUUACCACCUGCUUUCUGAUUCCAGCCAGUACCACAUUCUUGUGCUCGGUCAUCUGGGUGUGGACCAGUCCACAUUGUUUCCUCGUUGUUUUAAGGCAUUCCUGUGACAUUUUUAUAAAUAGCCAAACUAACGUCUACCACUGCUGACCUGACCUGUCAAGUCAUCACCUGAUGCCAGUCAGAACAUCAUAAUGUGCAGCUGGGAGGACAGAAAGAGAGGGACACACAAAUACAUACGCAGACACAUGACACAAUAACGCAUGUUGUUUUCUGCCUCUUAAAAAUUGGCCUCCAGCAUAACACAUGAAUACACACACACACACACGCACGCACACACACACACUCAUACACACAUGCACACACACUGUCUUAGCUUCUCUCAGAGCGUGAGAAAGGAAACAGGAAGUGAUAGAUGGUAGGUGAAUGUGCAAGACAGUGAAGGAGGGGGAGGAAAGAAUGACAGAAGUGUGUGAGAGAGUGAGUGAGAGAGCGAGAGAGUGAGAGAGCGAGAGAGAGCCCCCAGACUGUAUCAUCUCACCAGGUGAACCAACUCAGGAAAAAAAAAAUCUUAAUCCUUCCUCCUCACAAUCUGCUGUUUGAAUAUUCUUCCUCACAGCUGUCAGCAUUUCGCUGUCGUCCACUAAGCUACCCAGCUACGCUGCUACACGCUGCUACACACUGCUACACUGCAGGUUACAGUCGACAGAAGUUCCCUCCACCAUGUUUGGCCUCACUUUAGUUUUUGGAACAGCAGUGAACAGAAUACAUGCACUGUUUGGUUCCAGAUAUUUGAACAUGCUGAGAUUCAUUUGGCAGUUUAGAUUUAACUUAUUACUUAUCAGCAAAGCCGCAGAAGUGAGAUUAUGCUGUAGAGUGCUAAUGCAGUACACUGUUAAUGUCAUGUAAAGCAGAGCUCUAAAUGCAAUAUAUUUUUGCAAGUCGUUGUAAUAUUUCCUCCGUUCUCUGUCUCUUUUUCAUUAAUGAUACCACAAAGAUGUUAAAAAAUAUUUUGUAAGAUGCUUUGUACAGAAGAGGAGAUUCUUUAAUUGUAGCAGUUUUAGGUUGUCAGCAGGUGUUUUCUUGUUGGUUAGGACAUGGUGAACGCAUCCGUGGAUGGAUGUGCUGUGUGUGCAGAUGCAUUUGGAUACAAAAAAAAGAUGGACGGUAGAGUGUUGUCACGAUGCCAGAGGGACAUAGCUGAAGGCAUGAGGUCAGCCUGUCAGACUUCCUGCUGUGGGGAUCUCGGGGUCAAAGGUCACAGAGUCAGUUAGCUGACAAAAGUUAUGUGUUUUCGUUGACAUUUUCAUCUGGAAAUUUUUAAUUUUAAGAUGGACAAGGUUCUGAGUACAGACUCGGCAGAAUUAAGGUCUGUUUUAGGUUGAUUUUUAACCUUUUAGUAGUAAGAACCAUAUUUGGGUCUCAAAUGACCCUGCAGAUCCUCGAAGGAUGACGAUGAACCAUCUGACUGGACAGCAAGAGGUCUUGAUAGUGACUGACGGAUCCUCAAAAUGUCUCCUCUGAACAUCUGACAACACCGCUGACAACUAAAGCAGAACAAACUUAAUCAAUUUACACUCAUCUGUAGACUACAGUGAGAAUAAGAAUAAGAAAUUUUUUUAUCAACUUUUCUAGUUGGAAUAAAGACUCCUACUUCUAUAAUAUAUAUGUACAUACAUUCUUACAUAUGUAAAAUAACAUGCAGAAUCUGUUUUCAGAAAAUUUUAACCAAUUUUGAAGGAGAGAAAAAUUCAGUAAUACAGCAAGCUGCUUGCAUUUGGAUUCCUUUUUUCUUGAUAUAUACACUGCAGCAAUAAUAACAAAGUCUUCAGGUAAACCUUUAAUUUAAGAGGGCUGUGGCACCAAAACACUGUUUCCAAGAAAGAGGAAUCAUAAAUUUGAUAUGAUCACUGUGUAACUCAAAGAGUACAGAAAGGACCAAAAAUAUAUUUUUGAUGUUUAUAAUGAUGGUGGACAACAAUGACCAUGAUGAUGAUGAUUAUGACUGUAAUAAUACUUACUGAUUGUGAUGGCUGCAUGGCAAAAGUGAAAUGAUUCCACCUGUUAGCAUUAAGUACACACAGAUCUUAUUUAUGUAUAUUUAUAUGAUAAAGAUGAAAACAACAGCCUGUAAGCUUUGAUUCUGACAAGUGAAUUUUCUUUCUAAAUUAUGCAGCGCAAAAUAAUAUUUCAUACAUCUGUUUACUAUGAUAUCUUUUGACUAUUAGUUUGCAAUUUUAAAUGUCUAUGCAAAUGAAAACGUAUUUGUAAAUAAAUGUCUGUAUAUUUCUGA